AUGAAAAGAUUCGUUUCAAUCUUAUUGAUUGCCUUGUCAUUGGCAAUUCUUGCACUUUCCUUCACUUCAGGAGUUUCUGCAGAAGAAUCAACAACUGCUGCCUCAACACUUUCCUUGUACAUUAGAAAGAAUAAUAACAAGAAGAGAAAUCUCAAGAGAUUCAGACACAAGAAGAGAAAGAACAAUAGAAAGCUCAACAAGUACAUUGACACUUAUGGAAGAAAGAGAAGAGGAUGGAAGAGAUUUGGAAAGAAGAGAGUUAUCAGAAAGAAGAUUGAUGUAUAUGGAAAGAAGAGAAGAUUGAAUAAGAAGAGAAGAAUUGAUACUUAUAGAAAGAAGAAUAGAAAGAAUAGAAAGAAUAGAAGAGGUGGAAAGAAGAAUAAGAAAGUUGACAUCUACAAGCGUAAAUAA